CAAGGGCCCAAGAAGCGGCGGCUGGUGUUUGUGGGGUGGCAGGCGUUUGCACAGACAGAGCGCGGGGCAGUGGACGUGGGCAUUCACAUCGAGGACACGGAUACCAUCAGGUCUCUCCUCGCCAAGAAGCGCCGCCUGCAGCAGUUCGCUCGGAACCGAGUCGCCGACAUCCAAACCCUGAAAGGCAGGCUCUCCGAAGCUCGCGUGCAGGUUCGGACGCUCAAGGACCAGGUUCGGGAUCUUCAAACCCAGCUGAAGGCUGCCAAGGAGAGGGAGAAAGCAUGGGGGCGUGGCCGAGGGGAGCGGUCGGCAGAGGAGGAGCAGAAGAAGCUGCAGCGGCGGCUCAAGAAGCUUAAAGCCCGGGCUGGUAACCGCCCAAUCACUGCUGAUGACGUGGCGAUGCUGGAUCUGAUGUCAGACGACGACGAUGAUGACGAGGAUGCGGAGGGUGACGGGGCGGCAGCAGGGGCGGAGGGAGCAGCAGCGGAGGGGGUGCGGGAGGAGGCGGCAGAUGCGGCGAUAGGAGUGGAGCUGUGGAUUCCAGAGUUGGAUGAGCCAGAUGAUGAGUUGGUGAAUGAAUUGCUGGAGGAUAUAGAAGUCAUGCCCAAUGUGUCUGUCCCCAAUGGGACCGGUACACCCGUUACACCCGGUACGAUUCAGCAGAGGAGGAAGAGGGCUAGAGAGGGGGGGGACCCGGAGGUGCCGGGGGCGCAGCAGAGGGACGGGAGAGCGGGACGAGAGGGUCUGCAGCAGCAGCAGGGGGCAGGCGGGAGGGAGCGGGAGGGCACGCUCACACGCCCCUCCCUGGGGUCAGGCCGGCCCCUGGGUGGGUUACGGAAGCGGAGGCGGGAGGGACAGGUCGACCCGGUGUUUGGGUCCGUGGGGCUGCGGCCGCGCGGGCGAGAACGGGAUAUUCUGUUCUGGUUCCGCGGGACUGAGCGCCGCAAGAUGAGCCGGUUUCAAUCGCGGCUGGAGAGGCGGAUGCAGAAAGUGAGCGUGCAGCGACGCGCGUGGGAGCGAGGCGAUGAGGGAGGGGAGGAGGGGGAUGGUGGGGAGGGGCGGGAUGGGGAGGAGGGGGAGGAGGGAACGGAUGGGGGUGGGGACGAGGAGGGAGGGGAGGGGGAUGUGGUGGAGGUGGGAGGGGGUGAGGGGGGUGGUGGUGGAGAGGGAGAUGUGUUCCUGUUGUCGAGUGACGCGGAGGGCAACGAGGAGGGAGAUGGUGGUGGGGAAACGGGCGGUGCAGCGUGGGGUGAGCGGAAAGGGCAGGGGCAGAAGCUGCUUGGUUCCGCGCAAGAGGAGCGGGAAAAUGGGGGACACGAGGAGAGUUGGAGAGAGGUUAAAGUUCCGGGGUACGCCGGGGACGGGGGGCGCGGCGAGGCGGAGGGGGGGGCGGCGGAGCGGAAGGGCGCGGAGGCGGAGGGGGGUUCAGGGGUUGUGUUCUCGUCGGGGAGAUUCGCGGACCUUGGGCUUUGCGAGACGCUCGCGACGCACAUUGAAGAUAAAACCUCUCCGCCCUCCCUAAACCUCCCCACCCCACUCCGAACUUCCCUCCGCCCACCUCGCUACUCGCCCUCUACGCCCGUUGCAGAGAAGCUGGGGUUCGCAGCGCCAACGCACGUGCAGCAAGCAGCCAUCCCGCACGUCCUCGCUGGCAGAGACCUGCUCAUCCGAGCGGACACAGGGUCGGGCAAGACGCUUCUCUAUCUGACGCCCAUUCUGCACGCCCUGCAGGCCUGCAGGCAGCGAGUGGACCGCAAGCACGGCACAUACGCUGUGAUUCUAGCACCCACACGAGAGCUCUGUGUGCAAAUAGAGGAGGUGGCGCAGCAGCUGUGCCGGCGCUUUGUGUGGAUCGUGCCGGGGCGGUGCAUCGGAGGGGAGAGCCGCGGCAAGGAGAAGGCGCGCCUGCGCAAAGGGCUGGCCAUUGUCAUCGCGACACCUGGCAGGCUGCUGGACCAUCUGCGCAACACGUGCUCGUUUGGACUCUCCCGGCUGCGGUGGCUUGUGCUGGAUGAGGCUGACAGGCUGUUGGAUCUGGGGUUCGAGCGGGACAUCAAGGAAAUCAUCGCUCUGCUGCGAGAGAGGCUAAGUCAAGAUGGUCUUAUGCAGGGAGGGAGUGCUCAGGGUGCUUCCAGGAAGCUUCAGACCAUGCUGCUGUCCGCCACGCUCGGGCCAAGGGUGGAGCAGCUGGCUGACGUCAGCCUGGUGUCACCGGUGGCUGUGAGCGUGACAGGUGGCAGCGUGCGAGUGGAGGAGAGGGUUUCUGGGCGGCCGGUGGGGAGGGGAGGAGGUGGGGUGGAAGAGAGGGAGGGGAAGGGUGGUGGGGUGGGUGAGAGAGAAUUGGGGGAGUUGGGAGGGGAGGAGAGAGGGGAAGAGGAGGAGGAAGAGGUAGAAGAGGAAAUGGAGGAGGAACAGGGGGAGGAAUACGAGGAAGAAGUGGAGGAAGAGGAGGAGGAAGACGAGGAAGAGGAGGAAUCAAAGGAAGAGGAGCAGGAGGAGCAGGAAGCGGAGGAGGGAGAGGUGGAGGAAGAUGAUGAGGAGGAGGAGUUAGAGGAAGGAGAGGAGGCGCUUAGAGCCGUUAAGAAGGCAGGGCGAGCGGAGAGGAAGGAGAAGAAAGAGGAGAGGAAGGAGCAGAGAACAGAGCAGAAGGAGCACAAGCAGGAGAAGGGGCAGAAGGGCAAGAGGUCGGAAGGUGAAGAUGGGGUGUUGGACAAAGGUGGCAGUGAAGGCGGGGUGGGCAAGGCGGAGAGCAAGAAAGGGGGAGCAGCAGGCAUGGCGGUGGCACAAGCAGGCACGCAGGGGGCUUUGCAGGGAGGGUCAAGAAAGGGUGUGGGAGAGGAGGGGAGGGGGGAGGAGGAGAGGGGAGGAGUGGAGGAUAGAGUAAGAGAUGAGGAGAGGGGAGGAGGGAAGGCGAGGGUGGAGGAGAGGCGGGAGGGCGGGGUUCUGGAGGAGGGGCCGAGUGGCGGAGGGUCGUUUGUCUUCCCGGAGCAACUCAAGCAGUUCGUUCUCACAGUCCCGUGUCGCUGUCGGCUCAUCACGCUCAUCGCUUUGCUGCGCUCCAAGCUUGCCACGUCAGCAUCCUCCAAGGUAGACCACGUCAGCUACCCUGCUCAUCCACCGCAUCCAACUCCUUUCAAUGCCCCCAACCAACCGCCUGCUGACCAUGAAUGCGAGCUGCACGGAAACAUGGAGCAGAAGGACCGCUCCAAGGCCUUCCUGGCCUAUCGUAGCGCGCCACGUGGUGUGCUGCUGUGCACUGACGUGGCAGCGCGCGGCCUUGACUUCCCUGCUGUGGAGACCAUCGUGCAGUUUGACUCGCCGGGUGAUGCCGCUGACUACGUCCACCGAGUGGGGCGCACAGCCCGCAUUGGCCGAAAGGGAGAGGCGGUGCUGUUCCUGCUGCCCAACGAGACAGAGUAUCUGGACCAGCUGCGCUCCUGCAACGUGCACCUCCUCCCCAUGCCGCUCCUCCCUCUCCUCGACUCCCUCCUGCCCGGAAACUCCUUCGAACCUGCCCGGACCAAUCGCAGGCGGCCGGCUUGGAAGGAGGUAAGCCCAGAGGAGGCUUUGGCCAAUCACAGCGCGGUGGAAACGUGGCAGGAGGAGUUGGAAUCAACGGUGGGGAGGCAAUCGGCGCUGAGGGAGCUUGCCACGGGGGCUUUUCGGUCGUUUGUGCGCGCGUAUGGGGCGCAUAAGGGCAGCUUGAAAAAGAUCUUCCACCCCAAGAGGCUGCAUUUGGGGCACGUUGCGCGGAGCUUUGGGUUUCCAUCCGAGCCCAAGUCCGUGGAUGCAGAGCUCUCCGCAUCCACCGGCGAGGUCUUUUUUUCCCCUUCGUUUCCAUAUUCCUCCAUCCUCACGCUCCGUCCACUCACGCUCUCUCCGCGCGACGCGCUGGUCCCAUCUGUACCGAUCUCUACCUUCAACGUUCGCUCUUUUAUCCGCUCGCGCACCGCACGCCCUUCCGCCUGUUUCUUUCCGCCGCUGCGCGGAGCUUUUCACCGUCGAGCGCGAUCUCAUCUGAUCCGCGAUCUCCGAUCUGCAGCGUUCGUCGUCCCGAUGAGGCGCUGCAUUGUGCGGCUCGAGCCGCAUCUCCGCCGUCAGAUCGGCCAGCCGAUCUCUACGGCGCCAUCUCCGCCGUUCGUCAGCAGUCCUGCCGGUCUUUUCGCCCCUCCGCUUCCCCUUACUAGCCUAUCCCUUUCCGAGCCGCCCUCUGCAGCCUUCGCUACUGCCGCCUUACCCCCCAUUGACGCCGCCAGUCCCCCCGCCCACGGUUAUGGGCGGUCAUGGGGAGCGCCAAGAGCACCCGGAUUUCCCGCCCCCGGGAGGUUUCCGCCGAGUGCGCCAAUCCAGCAGCCCGUGGCGGCUUCCGCAAGCCAGUUCCCCCCACCCGCGCAACAGGAGGCGCACCGCGUAGAUAGCGCUUCUCCUGUGAAUCCGCCGCAUUCUCCGCCUCCCCCCGCUCCCGCUUCCGCUCCCUCCGCCGGUGCCCCCACGGGACUGUCCCCCACUGCCCUCUCCCGCAUGCUCGUCGCGUACGAGCGCGCGGGGAGGGAUACUGACGUGGCACGCGUGCUGGCCGACGCGCGUGCCGGCGGCGUUGCAUUGGACAGCGGCGCGCAGGAGGCGGCGAUCCGGAGCGCGGCGCGGAGGCGGGACCUGGGUGAGGCGGAUCGGAUGGUGGGGGAGGCGCGGGCGGCGGGUUUUGUCUUAUCCGCGCCGACGUGGAAUUUGCUGGUGGAGAUGUACGCUGAGAUGGGCGAGAUCGAACGGAUGGAAGAUGCUGCCGCCCAGGCCGCCGCAGCUGCCGCCCAGACUGCUACUCCUGCCGCCCAGGCCGCCCAGGCUGCUCCUGCCCCUCCUCCCCCUGCCGCUGCUGCUACUCCAGCACCCCCCGCGCCCCCUGCCGCUGCAGUCGCUGCUGGGAGCAGCAGCGGUGAGAGCAGCGACAGUGUCGUGAGUGGUGGUGGCGUGGGUGGCGGCAGCAGCGAGCAGCUGACACCCACCCCCCCGCACGCCCCUCACCCGCCCCCCUCCCCAACGCCCCUCUUCUCGCACCGCCCCCCCUUCCCCGCGCCGCCCCCCCUGCCAUCCCCAUCCGCCCCCGCACCUCGCAUGCGCCCUGGCGUCUCCCCAGCUGCUCCUGUGGCCGCGCCGUCAGACACGUCAGCUCCGCCUGCAGCUGACGUGGCAGCUGCUGACGUGGGCGUCCCGAGUGCUGCGGCUCCGUCUGCAGGUUUGGGCCGAGGCGGGCUGAUGCCGGCAGGGCGCGGGGCAGGCUUGGUACGGCCGAGCCUGGGAGAGCAACCACAGCACCCUCCUCCCUUGAACCUCUCUCGAGAGGAUGCUACCGAACGUGCCCUGGGCAUCCUCACCGCAGCUAUGGCCAAGGCUCGGGACUCUUCCCGAGCCUCCUCCCGCCGCGACUCCGUCAGCCAGUUCGCCGCCGAGGCUCUUGGCUCGGUCAUGUCCCGGCGCAGGCUCGGGGCAGGCCCGGGAGGGGAAGGCCCGGGUGGGGGGGCAGCGAGGGGAGUGCGCGAGGAGGGGAGGCGCGCGGGGGGAGGGGGAGCAGGGGGGCAGAGGAGAGGGGGGAUGAGGGAGGGGGAGCAGAGGAGGGGGGUGAGAGAGGGGGGACAGAGGGGAGGGGGGAUGGGAAUGGGGAUGGGCCUGGUAAUGGACAGGCAGGCGGAGGGGCAGGGGGGGCAGCAGAGGGCGCGGGUGGGCGGAGGGGGCAGGCGGGGGAGGGGGGAGUUGGUGACGGGGGAGAGUGUGGUGCAGAGGUUUAUAGAGGAGUCGACGUGGAGUGAGGAGGACGAGCGGCAGGUGGGGGAGUUUCUGGACUUCCUAGAAGCUGCCGAUGUGGCUAACGCUGCGCUGCACCAGCGGUUCAUGGUGGACUUCGAGCCAGAGUACAUCACACCGGACGACUUCUCGCCCAUCAACCCACUGCUGGCGGAGGAGGAGGAGCAGCAGCAGCAGGCGGGUGAAGGGCCGUCGCUGGAGGAGGUGAUGGUGGCGGCCAAGGCAGAGCUCAUGGCGCUCACAGGCAUGCAGAGCGAGGAAGAAUUCCAGUCCGCCCUGCAGAGCUGUCUCUCCCGCGCAGAUGAACUCGAGGCCCUGGUGGAGCUCUACGCGGGGCCGCAGCGAAUGACAGCGCUGCAGGAGAACAAGGCGCUGCAGGAAGCCGCCGAGAAGCUUCCUGCCGGCGUGUCCCCGCAGGCGGUGGCAUUCACCAAGCGCGCUCUGCUCACCCUGCAGAACAACCCCUCAUGGACUUUUGCACAGAAGCAGAAGAUGAUCGGCAACAUCGUGAGAGGGUUCUCGGCGUCUUCUUGA